AUCUACUGUUAAAAAUGAGUUGGAUCGAUKGAAUUUUUUUGCUUAGGUUUAUUGUUGAACCGGAUCUAAUUUGGGGGAUGUACAUACCCCUGCAUACUGUAUUGUACUAGCAAUUCUCCCCCCUCUCAAAAUGAAGAAACAAUGAUGGUAACAGUUUCUGUUUUGUUUUUGAAUUUUCGAAAAUAUUGGUAUCGUUUUUGAGGAAUAGAUUWUUGAAUGAUAUCACCAAUAGCGAGCGAGSAUAGGGURCAAUUUCAUAGAAUAGUUGGAAUAMAGCUUGGACAAUGGUGGAGGGAACCGCUGURAAUCAUUCGUAUGAUGGUGGAAACGAGGAUUACGAUUACAUCGGGAGAGGAGGAUUCCUUAUCGAAUGCGGCGACAAUCAGGAAGUUUUAGGUAUUACSAAGGAACAGGCAGAGCUAGUGAAACUCAAUUGUCCAUUCUUCCAGAAAUGYCUCCACCCUGGAGCCGAYAGCAACGGUGAAGAUGACAGCGAUAGUGGGGGAUCGAUGAUGAUGAAGGAAGCAAAGAGCCGAAUAAUUCACAAACCAGACUGGUCUUUGGCAAUCGUCCGUCACUUCAUAGAAAUUCUCACCAAGGGCAAGACAACCCUCUCGAAUUUGGAAUUGGUUGACGGCGUCUUGACUGCUGGCGAUCAAUCGCUGGCAGACCUUCGACUAUCCAGUUUGGUCAACUAYAUCGAUCCAUGCUCCAAAGAAAACGAAUUUAUGAGGCUGGUCGAUCCGAGCUUCUUUCGAUUCUACUUCCAGGCGGUUGUGACCAGCGACCAAUGGUUGGCCUUAUUGGAUCGGGGAAUUUUGUUGUAUCGCGAGGAAACGAAUUUCGUUGUGCAACUCUACAAGGAUCGAGCCUUUGACCGGGAUCAAUCGGUCUCGCGUCGGAACUUGGACAACCAACGGUCGGAUUUCUUGGUUCACGCGCAACGGCCAAUCGAAGCCAUGUUUGAAAUCCAGAAAUGCCUAUCUGCGUCCGGCGAAAGAAAUAGAAGCGCGAGAUGCAUCGACAAUGUCACGGCGGAAGCAUUUAGUAUUUACUUUGAAACCACCGAAUCCAUUCCAAAAGAACACCAUCAGCUUAUAGAYCGGCUUGCUGGGGGAGAAGCCUACAUUCGAACCUGCGCGGAUGCAGCCGAAUACCAAACCGAGGGAUAUACCGUCAAGGCGUCACUGGAUGUCCUAUYYAGAGCCAUAGAACCCAUAUCGGAAGAGAGCGUGAUUCAUUGCUCGAUACGUGUCGAUAAUCCCACUCCCGAUACGCUUGGCCGCUUCAUCAAUGCCUGCCAAAAGGUUAAUGACUAUCCGGGAACUCUAGGGAUAGACGCACCCAUCAACCGAUAUUUUUGCCGAAAAUCAAUGGGAGAUAUCCAUAUUGUCCUGAGGUACAUGAAUGAUUAUUCUACUUCAUCAAAAGUGUCCGAGGAUUUUCGACUAUUUUCCCGUUCUAGUGGGUCUCAAUCCUUCUGAUGAAAUUGGCACACAAGCAUAAACGAUUUUCACAUUU